CAACAAUCCUCCAUCUUACUUACCACUUCAUCGAGGUCAUUCUUGUAGAAUAUCUAGCAAUGACUAUCCGAUUUACAGACUAACAACUGACCACGACUUUCAAGAAAUGUCAUGUAGGAAGUCUCAUAAGAAUUCCCAUCAUGGCUGCAUUCAAUGCAAAUCAAGGAGGUUGAAGUGCGACCAAGAGCAGCCCAGUUGUGCACGAUGUAUGAAGAAAGGCCAAGACUGCACUUACAGACAUCUCAUGUCAUCAUAUAAUCCAUUCGGAGACUACAAUGAUCUUGGAUCAGCACCAGAUUCUUCAACAACAUCAUCUACUAUUGACAUAUCUGCUUCACAGCAAGGCCGCCAAUCCCUCGACCUUACGCCUCGUAUAUACUCGCCAAAGCGAACCCCUUCGAUAAGACCGUCGGAUAUAACCGCCCCACUUUAUAGAGGACCUUUGAUGUUUGACCCAACUACCGAGCAGCUCUUCUACCAUUAUGCCACCGAGGUCUCACCUGUCUUCACGUCCUUGGAUGUACCUGUCGAAGUCUUAUCAAGUUUUCAUAAUGCUGUUAUUCGGCACUCGUUUGAACAUGCCUACGUCUAUCAUUCCAUGUUGACCAUCUCCGCGCUUCAUCUCGCCUCCCUGACACCUGUUCUAACGACUAGUUCUCAAACCCGCUCACCGCACAUUGUUACAGCUUUAACACAUAAAGCAUCCGCUCUAGAAACACUUCGUUCAAUUGUCAAUUCAAUUACUGCUUCAACAUGCGAACCGGCAUUAGCUGCAUCUGGACUUCUUACAGUAUGUGCCUUUGCUAUGCUCCAUGCCGGAGUCGCUUUGGAUAUCAUUGAUCUACUAGCUCAAAUCAUGACCUUAUACAGAGGGACUGUAUCAAUCUUCCGGUUCGGUCGACAGGAUUCUAUUGCGGUCCUUAGUGAUACAAUCCCUACGCUAAGGCAAGCUAUCUUGACAGCUAUAAUAGGCGAACGAGCAUGGCCAAGCGCCGAUUCAGCCGCUGAUAAAGUGCUAGCUGAGAUUCUUGAGCUGAGCGAGGAUAGCGACGACGCUAAGUUUAAAAAGAGCGUUUUACUCGAUGCAGGACUUAAGCUAAAAGUUGCGUUGAGGCGGGUUGCCGGAGCGCGGGGCGUGUACAAUGUGGCAUGCAUGUGGCUUGCUAUGGUACACCCUAUGACCAUCGAAUACAUCAAAGCUCGAGAGCCCUUGAGUCUUAUUCUUCUAGCUCAUUGGGUAAUCGCUCUAAGAUAUAUCAAGCAUAUCUGGUGGGUUCAAGGUUGGCCUGAAAGGACUGUCCAAGCCGUAUGGCAAGAGACUGGAGAACGAUACCCCGACUUGUUCGAAUGGAUUUUCAAAGAGAUGAGAGGCGAAGCUCAAGACGAAGAUCAUUCAAUUCCGAUAGAAGACCCAUCAAUCCCGACUGGUAUUACUGCACCACCGGUAGACUAGUCUUCAAAACGCACGUUCAAUUACACGAUAGCUAAAUCGACCUCUUCGACACGACUUGAAACAACGUUGGCUGCAUGAAUAUUACGUUCGGCCUAUUCACCUCCUGCUCCAUCAAAAUAGAUUUUGUAUCAAAUAUUCUACGAUAAUGACCUGUAUGAUACGGCGACUCGGCCGUUUUCCUCUAAUAGUGAACAGCAACCAGGGUGGUUCCGGUUCCACUUAUUUUCGACCCGUUACCCUUGGUCGAUUGGGUCCUCG